AUGAAGACCACUCGUUCGUCAUUCGUCCGAUCCAAUUUAUUUUUGAAAACCAACAAAACUAUUCAUUCCGUAGCAAGAAACACAUCAUGCAGUCGUGGGUGGCUCCGCCUUGUUGUUCAGAUGAUCUUUGGCGCUAUAACAGUGGCCAGUUUCAUACUCAUCAUCAUGAUGACCUUCCAGCGAAACCAUAACCAUCGGGUACCAUGCAGAACCGUGUCCUGUAGGAUAACCUGUAACGCUAACUACAAUGAGUACGACAUAAUCGACGCGAUAUUGGCAGCUGAAGCAGACUGUAAUCUGCAAGUGACUUUGAAUAACGCUAUGUUUGAAAACGGUAUUCUUCCUUCAACAUGGCUGCAUAGGCUUCCAUAUUCUAUUGACACACUAUCAAUCGUGGGAGGUAAUUUGCGACAGAUUUCUAAUGACGCAUUUUUGAGUGACUUUACAAUGCAUUUAAAAACUCUAAUGUUCGAAAAUGUAACAUUAGAAUCGUUGACAUCUAAUACGUUCAUUGGAUUAGUCGAAUUACAAUUUUUGAGAAUCAGAAAUUGUAUUCUGAAAGGAGUGGGACCUUCCACAUUAAGAGCUGUUGAUAACACAAUCAAAACGUUAACUAUUACUGGAAGUGGCGCAUGGGAUCCUGAGUUAUUUACAGGUACCAGAUCAAAUAGUUUAAUUCAAUUAACUGUAGUGAACUUUUCUUUCAACAGAUUCGGUAGUAUCCUAACAGCACAUAGUUUUACAGAACUUGAAUAUUGUCAGGACCUUUAUCUUAAUUCCUGCGGUAUAACUUCAAUAGGUAAAGGUGCUUUUGAUUCACUAAAAAAUAUAUCCAUGCUGUUUUUGAAUGAUAAUCUCCUUAUGACUUUAGAACCUGGAUUAUUUCAUACAAUUUUAAGUAUCCAGACACAUAUACCUCCUAGGAUUAAUCUCCAAAACAAUUUAUGGCAUUGUGAUUGCUCUCAAAGUGAGAUUAUGGAAUUAUAUUCGAAAGGCCUGCUUUUAGUUGAACCUACUUGUUAUCAACCUGUGUCAUUAAAUGGAAAACCGAUAUCAAGUCUUGAACUACUCUGUAAAAAUAACACUCAGCAACAUAGUUCUCUGCGGUAUCGUAACACUACAAUAAACCUGGAUUACGACACACCAAAUAAUUGUUAUUACGGUACCAAGGUUUUAUUAAAUACUUCGCUUGAAAUCAUUUCGCCAUCACCGUUUUUCACUUGUCCCAACCUAGGUAUCAUAAAUUUUGAGAGAGAUACACGAGCAUCUUUAGAAUUUACCAGUGCAGAUAUAUCGAACAGUAGUUGGUUGCGUCCAGAAUUUGUUUUGAGGCACAGAAACGUUUCAAUGUUGCAAAUUGUUACGGGAUUGAAUGACAGUUAUGGGUUAUUGUGGUAUCACACAAAGUGCCCAAACGAAAUUUAUUGCUUCAGCGUCUUGCCUCACAUUUUGAGACUGUACAAUAUCAAUGAGUACUCCAAAUAUACAUUUUGUCCGUUACAAAUGUCUAAUGUUCGAGUGCAUUUAGAUUAUUGUGUAAAUUAUGCCGUGGCUACUAAUGAUACCAAACAACAUCGUCAUUAUAUCAGACCCUUGUUGUAUGCUGCCACUGGUUUAGUUUGUUUAUUUUUCGGUGCAAUUCUCGUGUACAGCAUCAUUCGAAAGAAUCCCCACUUAUUGAAAGGAAGUAAAAGGCUUUUGUUUGUGAAACAUAGAUCUGUAGACGCGUUAGUUCUCCCUCCAAAGAUACCUUUGCGCACUAAUAGUGUGUCGAAGAAAAUUAAGGAAUCAGAUUUUGACCAGAAAAAUGUUUAUACGAUUUCUGACAAUGAAAAGCUGUUACCUCCAUGUGAUCUGAUUAGAAGCGGUUCUUGGCGCAGUGCAAAGAGCAGUUCUCCCACUUAUAUAUCAGCCUUGCAACCUACUGAAGCACAGCUGGCCGAAUGGCGCUUAAGACACCAUUUUGAUAAAAAUGCAAACUUUAAUUCAAUCUCUUCCUCUGAUAGCUCCAUGCAUACCUGGUUGUGCGAUAACACUUCCACCAACAAUGCAAGUUAUGCUUAUGUCGCUUAUGAACAUCUUAAAUACAAUAAUUAUGAUAAAUUGCACUAA